UUAUUCUUCGCCCCCCCAUCUCCUUCCCUCUCUAAAUGACACAGUCCCCCGUGCUCCCUCAAACCUCCUGCCAUAUUCUCCCAAGAAUGAUUAUUCCGAACUUUCUCUGUGUUUUUCUCCCUGCGGGGCAUUUUUCCGGGGCCUCAACUUUUCUGGCGUGUCAUCAUUUCUGGAGUUAACGCGGCAGAGUCAUCCGAGGCGACCGAGGCUCUCUCAUAUCUGGAUUCUUAAAAAAAGCCCAGUUAAACACCCCAGGAAAUGCAGCGUUUUCUCUAACCCGGAGGUACCGCUGCUCAGCUCUAUCAGCGGGGAACAGCGUGUAGAAAUGUGCACAGACAAAUGACGAUACUGUGGAAAUGAAAGAUUUCAGCCUAGGGAUGUUUGUGUUACCGCUCAGCCUGCGCUGAUUCACAUUCUGCUCAUCAAAAUGAUGUUUUCUCCUCUCUCUCUGUCUCAGGAUGAGUUCCAUCCGUUCAUUGAGGCUCUGCUGCCCCAGGUCCGUGCCUUCGCCUACACCUGGUUCAACCUGCAGGCCAGGAAAAGGAAGUACUUCAAAAAACAUGAGAAAAGGAUGACUAAAGAGGAAGAGAGAGCUGUCAAAGAUGAACUGCUGGGGGAGAAGGCAGAGGUGAAACAAAAGUGGGCCAGCCGUCUUUUGGCCAAGCUAAGAAAGGACAUUAGACCUGAAUGCAGAGAAGACUUUGUCCUGUCAAUCACUGGGAAGAAAGCUGCAUGCUGCGUCCUAUCAAACCCUGACCAGAAAGGCAAAAUGAGACGCAUAGACUGUCUCCGACAAGCAGACAAGGUGUGGAGGUUGGACCUGGUGAUGGUCAUCCUGUUUAAAGGAAUCCCGUUGGAAAGCACAGAUGGAGAGCGGCUGGUGAAGGGAGGCCAGUGCUCCAAUCCAGUCCUCUGUGUACAGCCUCGACAUAUCUCUGUCUCUGUCAAAGAGCUCGACCUCUACCUCGCUUACUAUGUACAGGAAAGAGUCUUGGUAUCUGGGCAACUAAGUGAACUCUGGAGGAAAGGUGAUUGUCAAGGCAGUACUGUCCUGGAGGAAAGCAAACAAUGUUGUCAAGACAUUGCCAGAGGAAAAAUAUAUUCUGCUUUGUAGAAUGAUAACGUGGUCAUACAUAUAUAUAAAUAUUCAGUGUGAUAUAUUUAUAUAUGUGUAUAUACCCAGAAGACACAGCUUGGAUGGAAGAAGGAUGCUGCUUUCACUUAUUGUUGCAGCCACAGAAAGAAUGAACUAUGCUAUAUGACACUAAAUGGGUCUCACUAAUGGCCACUGACAUGAGAUUUUCAAGUCAAAGUCAUGGAGUGAUACAGAUGUCUGGUUGGUCCAGAAGAACUGCAGACCAGAACCAGGCCUCAACAUACCAGAUCCUAAGAAGCCUGUAACCUAACUGUGUACCCAGGAUGAGGCCUGUUUCCCUGGGAUGGAUGUCAGCCUUUGCCCCUGUAUCCUGGGUCUUUACACUAAAUCUAGUAUAAGGCCUCCUCCCUGGGACAGACAUAGACCUCAUCCCCCUUCAACUCCCAGAAUGCCCCUCUCCGCUGCAGGUGCUGCUUAUAAUAUAUGCAAAUAAGCCUCCCUUAUUUUCUGAAACAACUAGCAAGAGAGAUCCUGUUGUUAAAAUGUAAUGUUUAUUUGCACUUUUUAAUAUGUUAUAGAUACAUCUAAAGAAAAUUAAGAGUUGGACAUUGCAGUGUCUUCCCACCACAAGACAGAGGCUUUGUCUUUUUUAUUGACAAUCAUCAGCCUGAAACCAUUAAGUUGCUUUGCUCAUGUUUUUAAGACUGUUUGAUUGUGCUUUUUUAUCAGAUAACAAUGAGUAAUAGUGGAAUAUAAGAGCUAUAAUUAUGCCUCCUAAAACACAGCACACAAUGCUACAGUUGGACACCAGUGUAGAGUUAUGCCCAGUGCUACUGGUAUCUGUUUCUAGCACAGGACAUCUUUUAUAUGAAUAUCCUGCUGCUUCCUUCCCUUCAGAUGCUGAUCAAUUUGUCAGGACAGCACUUACUCAAACAGCCAAAGGCACAGUGUUUGAGGAGACAUGCACCUGCCAUAAAGAAAGGCCUCAGUAGAACUGAGAAAAGGCAAAGUCGCACUAAAACCCGUAUCAGUAAAGUGGUUGCUGAACUCUGUGUUUGAAACUGUAGCACGGUGUGGUGUGCUUGUCUGUGUGUGUGUGUGUAGGUGUGUGUGUUUGUGUGUGUGUGUGUAUGUGUGUGUGUGUGAAAAAGAGAGAGACAUUCUGUGUGUAAGAAUGAGAAGGUUCCUGCAUUUCCACCCUCCUCCCCACUCUGUUUUGAGGAGAUGUUGUCUAGAUUUUGUUUGUGUCUCAGAAAGGACAGUGGCGGGGUUUGUACUUGUAUGUAGGUAGAUUAGAAAGAGAAAAGCAGGUAUUGCACUAUGCUUAAGUUCCUUUUUGAGAAAGUGAUGAUGUUACGAACCCUGCAGGCUGUUGUAUGUUUUUCUUGAAGAUGUCAACGUUUAUGAAAGCAGGUCUGGUGCAUACUGCCUUGACCUGAGCACAAAAUCCAGGUUUCUUGUCCAGCUCUAGAAUAAGUGGUGGUCUACAAGGUGUCCCUGACAGGUUCUGUGUCACUGUGUAGCUUAACCCCAACUCAACCUGAACAAUGUGUGGACAGUUAGCGAUGAGCGAGUAUACCCUUAUUGCAUCUGCAUCUGUUCAGCCAACUAAAUGAUAUGUAUUUAUAGCCAUACUUGGAAUGGGUGGGGCUUAACAUGGGUGUGGGUGGCUUAAACUCUAAUUGGGAGGGGCUUAUCUGAAGUUGCUAUAUUUAUUAGAAAAUUUCUUUACAGAAUUGAGCUGCAGAGCAAUGUUUUUGAUCACGAGAUUUUAGCCAAGUACUCGCUCAAGGGGUUCAGGCAGGCGUGAACUGGUGCCAGGGUUGGUUUCAAGUCACUACUAACAACACACAACAAAUCUAGCAUUUAAAACCAGAUUUUUUUAAGCUUGCUUUUUUGUCCUACCUUGACAUAAUAUUUGCGUUAUGACAGUAAUUUUGUGAAGCAAAGCAAUAUUUCCUUGUGGCUGGCUUUUCACAGCAUCAUUUAGUCAAUAAUCUUUUGAAAGGCAUUUAAUAGUUUAAUUUUAAAUGUGAUUAGAAUGCUCUUGUCACAUUUGACAAGGUUAGCAUUUAAUAGAAACCAAACAUUAAUCCUUAUCUCAACAAUGGUGGCAUCUCAAAACCGAACAUUCAUAGGAGUAACAGAGUGAGAUGUUAGUUCAAGGGAUAGCAACAUCUCAGUAUCAAUCAAGAGCGGAUUGUAGACACAGAAUAACAUCCAGAAUCAAAUUAUUAAACAUAUCACCAUUGAUAUUUGUUCAAUACAACAGUAGUAGAUGUGCAUCUCUUUGGAGAUAAAAACAGUGAAUAUUAAUUAGAUUUUUAGAGACUAAUAUUUUAUAAUCAGUGCCAUAUUUUAACCUCCAAGGUUUUGCAAUUGUAUAGCAGUGUAUUGAAAUGUGUUGCCUGGGGUUGUGGAUUGGUGAUUCUGCGUUGAGGUGCGAUCUGAUUGAACGGCAAGCGAAUUUUGCCUUGUGUUUCUGCAGUCUGCAGAUGUUAUGCAACAAUUUGGUCGCUUGUGUUCCGUGCACAGACAUCAGAGAAAAGUCAAAAUAUCAUUGUUGCUUGUUGUACAGCAUUGGUUUAUAUCUUGGAACGUAUUUUCCUGAUCCUACAACUUCUAUCUGCCUGGAAAGAUAAAAUGUUUUCCAAGGGCAAAAAGUCUAAAUCCAAUAUUUCAGACCACUGCUGUGGUUUGAGCAGUGGAGAAGAAAAGGAGUAGAGCAGUGUGGUAUGGUCAGUGGAAAUAUUGGAUUCAUACAUUGGUUUUGCUCCAGGAAAACAUUUUAUUAUAUUUACACUCCGAGCAGAAAGCAGACAUAUAUGGUACUACAUCUGUGGGAUUACAACCUCCUGUAGCAAAAUAUAACAUUUUGACUUUUCCCACAAGUUUAACAGAGUAACAUAUAUUGGUCGAGGCAGACGGCCACCCACCUAAAGCCGGGGUCUGGCCGAGGUUUCUGCCUCUU